AUGGGCUUCUCAAUUUCAAGGCAGGCGGCGACGCUAUUGCUGCUGCUCGCGAUCUGCGGCGCAGAUGUCGUGACGCUGACGCACCGCAACGCGUCCCUGGCGACGCGGCCGGCGACGCUGACGCUCGUGCUCGUCGGCGCGGCGGACCAGAGCGACGAGCGGCGCGCGGCGUUCCGCGAGGCGGCGGCGCUGGCGCGCGCAGCCUUCGAGUCCGAGGGUCCGAGCUGGACCGAGGCCGUCGAGGGCGGCGAGGCCUACGCGACCUACGCCCAGCCGCGGCCCCUCUUCGCGGAGACGGCGGCGGGCGACGCGGGCCUCUUCGGCGGCGUGCCCGGGCUCGACGUCGACGCGGGCGCGGUCGCCGUGCUCCUGCCGCGCCAUGUGCCGGGCGUCUACGGCGGCGCCGACCUCGACGCGGCGGCCCUCGCGGCCUUCGCGGGCCGCGUCUGGGGCGACGGCUUCGCGGCGCACCUCGAAUCGGAGGCGGACGUCGCCGCGUUCGUCGACGCCGCGGGCGCCGGCGGCGCCAUCGCCGUCUUCGGCGCGGCGGGACACCACGUCGCGGACUUCCUCGCGACGGCCAAGUACACGGCGCAGCAGCAGGCGACCGUCGCCGGGCCGCCCAUGCGCUGGGCGCUGUGCGCGGGCGCCGCGGUCGCCGCGUGCGGCGUCGGCGCCGGCGACGCGCCGCGCGCGUACCGGCGGAGCGCGCGCAUGGCCGCCGACGGCGGCGACCCGAACCCCCUCGACGCGACCUUCGACUUUUCGCGCCUCGCGGGCCGCGACGGGACGUGGGCGCGCGCGUUCAACAACUGGGCGCAGGCGCUUGCGCUGCCGCCCGCGUUCGCGCUCAGCGAGGCCUGGCUGCCGCACCUCCAGCGGUCGCUCUGCCCCGUGCUCGUCGUCGCCGGCUCCGCGGCCGUCGCCAUCGACCCGGCGACGACGACGCUGCCCCGGGUCACCGAGGAGCUGCUGAAGACGCUCCACGGCGCCGCGCGCGACCUCCGGGGCUACCUGCCCCUCGUGCUCGCGACGGCCGCGGGCAACGACGAGGCCUACGAGCGGCUGGGCUGGUUCGCCCACGCCGGCGGCGCGGACGUCGCCGUCGUCGUCCUCGCGAGCUGGAACGCGCCGCGCGACGUCCGCCGCCUCGCGGACGACGAGACCCUCCUCGCGAGGCACGUCCAGCGCCUCGCGCGCGCGGGCGCCGCGGACGCCGUCGGCGCGGGCCUCGACGGGCCGCUGCUCGCCGACUUCGCCGAGGCGUCCCUGCGGGGCGAGCUCCCGCACGCGCCGCGGUCCGCGGCGCCGGCGCCCCGCGUCGCGGGCAAGGCGGACCGGCUCAACGGCGCGGGCCUCGCGGCGCUCGACGAGUCCCAGCACGUCGCCCUCGUGCUCUACACGUCGUCGGCCUGCGCGGGCAACGGCCUCUGCGACGCGAUCCUCAAGGGCUGGGACGACCUCGCGGCGGCCUACGCGGAACCGCUCGCGGGCAACGCGACCGUCGCGACGCUCGACGUCGACGAAAACGACGCGCCGCGCAAGUUCGACCUCGGCGUGCUGCCCGCCGUCUUCUACCUCGCCCCGGGCCGCCACGACGCGCCCGUGCAGCUCCCGUCGCGGAGGGACGUCCACGCGACCUUCGCGCCCAACUUCGACCGCCUCGUGCAGUCGACGUCCUCGGAGCGAUCGACGUCCGCCGCGUCGCCCGCGUCGACCCAGUCCUCGUCGAGCUCCGUGUCGCCGCCGGGGCUCGGCGGCGACGUCGUGCCGCGGAGCGGCGACGGCUCCGGCGACGGCUCGCGGCGCCGCGGCGCGAGCAUGCGGUUGACGCGCGGCGCUGCCACGCGCUUCUCGACCGCCAUGCCCGACAGGAAGCGGCUGAGCACGCUCUUCUUCGGCAGCGUCUUGCGGCGCGUCAUAUCAUUUCGGCCGAAGUCGUGCGACAACAAGGCCCGCUACAUCCCCGCGCAGAAUAGCAUCCAGCCCCUGGGCGCGGAGGCCGCCGUCCGCCACGGCGCCACGCAUCUGCCGUCGCCGCGGCCGAUGAGCUCGGGCGACUCGGGGCUCCACGAGAUGAUCCCCAUGGCGCCCGAGCCGGCGUCGGCGCGCGACGCGCUCCGGGAGCAGCUCGCGGCGCGCGACCGGGCGCGCGCGGCGCUCUUCGGCGCCGCGGCCGCGGCCGAGGCCGUCGAGGAGGAGGCCGUGCCCGAGGACGCCGCGGCGAGCCGCGCGUCGCUCAUGGAGGCGUUCGCGGCGCGCGACCGCGAGCGCGCGGACCUCGUGAAGAUCCUGAGCCCCGGCAAGGGCGGCGGCGGCGGCGCCGAGGCGGACGCGGACGCGGCCGCGCGGCGCGAGGCCAGGCGCGCGCGCGAGGCGGACCGCCAGCGGCGCAAGGAGGAGAAGCGCCGCCGCGAGCGCCGCGAGGCCGCCAAGGUCGCCGCGGCCGCCAACGUCGCCGCGGAGCGCUCCGACGACCUGCUCCGGUCGAAGCGCGAACGGAAGAGCCAGGCGUCGCUGAACAGCGCGCGCGGCGCCGCGCCGCUGAACAGCGCGCGGGGCGACGCGCCGCUGAAAAGCGCGCGGGGCGACGCGCCGCCGAGGAGCGCGCGGGGCGCCGCGCCGCUCCGGAGCGCGCGCGGCGACCCCCCGCUCCGGAGCGCGCGCGGCGACCCCCCGCUCCGGAGCGCGCGGGGCGACGCGCCGCGGCGGCCCGACUCCCGGGAGGUGCUGAGCGCGCGCAACGACGUCGAGCGCGCGGAGCUCUGGCGCGAGCUCGGCGACUACGCGAACGCGAUCCGCUCCGCCAAGGACGCGGACGGCGCGCCCACGGUCCGGUUCCCCGAGAACUACGACGAGGUCGUCAAGCUCAUGAACCGGCGGGACCUCGGGGAGGGCGGCGACGCCGCGGGCCGGUCCUGGGCCGCGAGCUCGCUCCGGGCCGGCGUCGGCCGCGCGUGCGGCUCCGGAGACCUCUCGCGGUACAAGGGCGUCCUCGACGACGGCGUGCAGGAGGAGCGGAUGGUCCUGGGCCUCGCGACCAUCGAGCGCCUCGACCGCGAGCUGCGGCGCGUCCAGGCCAAGGCGCGCGCGGUGCGGGAUCUGGGCGCCCUCGCGGCGGCGUCGCAGCCGCCGCGGCUCGACGACGCGCAUCUCGCGGGCGACGCCACCGACGGCCCCGGCACGGCGCGGUCCCUGGCGUCGUCGGCGUCCGACGCCGUCUUCCUCACGGAGAAGCGGCCCCGGUCGAAGCGGUCGCGGUUCCGGGACCGGAACCGCGCGAUGUCGCCGCCGAAAGAAGACGAGAAGCCGGCGACGGACUUCGAGCUCGCGGCCUACGGCGGCGACGAAGACGAGCUCCGGCGAUUGGCGGACGUCGACGCGCAGCUCCGGGCCCUGGGCCGCGCGGACGUCGUCGGCGCGACGAUCCCCGGCGCCGCGGACCGCGCGAAGCUCGUCGCCGAGCGGUCGCCGCGCGGGGCCCCGGCCGCCGGCGCGGACGACUACCUCGCGGCCGCGCGCGCGGACCGCGCGGCGUCGCGGCGCGAGCUCGACGUCGACAAGCGCCUCGCGGCGGCCCGCGGCGCGCCGCUCGUCGUGCUGGACGACGACGACAGCGACGGCGACGCGCCGGCGACGGCCGUGCGCCUCGGGGACGUCGCGCGGCUCGUCGACGACCUCGCCGCGGGCGCCGGCGAGGCCGCGAGCCGGGAGCGCCUCGACGCCCUCCUCGCGGCCAUGGGGCCCGCCAUCGCCACGGCCGCGGCCGUGCGCGACGAGCGGCGGCGGCGCCGCGCGGGCGGCGGCGACGAGAACGACGCGCCGCCGCCGCGGGCCCCGCCGGCGACCUUCGGCGUGUCGGCGCCGGCGGACGCGCCGCGGUCCGCGAAGAAGCGCAGGGCGAAGCGGCCCAAGGCCCGGGCCUUCGGCGAGCUCGCGGACGCGCUCCUCGAGUCCGCGCUCCGCACGAAGUCGGCCCUCGGCCAGGCCGACGACGCCAUCAAGCGGAGCCUCGCGUCCAAGGACGUCGGGGCCGCCUUCUUCGACGACGACGGCGACGUCGGCGCCCUCGAGCCGCCCGACGACGCCGGCCGCCGCGGCGCGGCGCAGGAGCCGGCGCUCGUCGCCGCGGCGCUCGAGCGCCACUCCUUCGCGGUCAUCGCGCUGGGCGAGCGCGACGCGCGCGCCGUGCGGGACUGCGCCGCAUCCGCGCGGGAGUUCUUCCAGUCGACGCCCGACGGCGGCAAGGCGCGGCUGCGCCAAAGCUUCGCGGACGCCGGCGGCGAGGGCCUCGUGGGCUACAACCGCCCGCACGCGGCCAAGGAGGUCGUGCGCGUCCGCCGCGGCUGCCACGACGCCGUGCCGCGCUGCCCCGUGUCGCUGCGCGGCCGCGUGCUCGGCGCGUUCGACGUGCUGGAGCGCGUCGCGGUCUGCGCGUGGCGCGCGGCGCGAGCGGCCGCCGCGCCGGACUGCGCGGAGGACGAGCUCGGGCUCGUCGUCGGCCCCGGGUCGGAGGCCAUCUCCAGCUCGCCCUUCGACCUCAUGUACUACCCGAACGACGCCGCGGCCGCGGCCGAGCCCAACAGCACGCCCCACGUCGACAGCCCGGGCCUCGUCACGGCGAUCCCCGUCGCCGGGACGCCGGGCCUGCGCGUCCGCGACCGCGCGACGGGCGACGUCGUCGAGGCGGAGCGGCGCUACCGGCCCCACGCCGACGUCGUCGUCUUCGUCGACGCGGCGCUCCAGGCCCUCUCCCGGGGGCGGCUCCGCGCCUGCACGCACGACGUCGCCAAGGGGCCGGCGCCGCGGCUCUCGCUCGUCUACGAGCUCCGGCCGGCCAUGGCCGUCGCCGCGGCGAUCCUCGCGCCCCAGGGGCGGAAGCGGCGGCGCGCGCCAGACCCGCCGCCGGGCGACUAG